AAAAUAUUUAUGGAAUUAUUGAAAUUAUCUUCUAAAGUUUAUCAUGAUAUACUUGAAUCCGGUGAAUUUUAUGAUAUCGAACUUUUAGUUGGUGAAGAUUCAAAUACUAAAGUUUUUAAAGCACAUUCCUUAAUUUUAAAAAUACGUUCUCCUUACUUCCGUAUCGCUUUAUCAAACGAUUGGUUAAAAAAAGAAAACGAUGUUAUUAAGUUUCAAAAACCUAAUAUUUCUGUUGAAGUAUUUGGAAUUAUUUUAAAGUAUAUUUACAGUAGCACGAUUGACCUCCCCAAUAACGAUAUUAAAACAAAUAUUGCGAUUUUAAUUGCAGCUGAUGAAUUAUGUCUUAACGACCUAUGUACUUUUAUUGAAGAAUAUCUUCUUGAGGAUAAAUCUUUGAUAAGAAAAAAUUUUGUUCUCUUUCAGGAUGUUACAACUAGAUUUACUCAAUUUAGUAAAUUGGUUCAAUUCUAUAAUACUUCUAUUCAACAAGAUCCCUCAUUAAUCUUUAAAGCAGAUGACUUCGUAACAAUUAAACAAGAAAUUCUCCUUGAUAUUCUAGAGAAAAAAAAUCAUUCUGUAGAACCAAUUGAGAUUUGGGAUAAAUUAAUGGCAUGGAGUAUUGCACGAUCUGAUGAAUUAUCAUCAGACACAACAAAAUGGGAGCAUAAUGAAGUUUCAAUUUUUGGAAAAAUUAUUCAACCAUUUAUACCACAUCUAAAUUUUAAGGAAAUUAGUCCCGCGGAUUUCGUUCAAAAAGUCAAACCAUUCAAGGAUGCCUUUGAUAAUGAAUUUUAUGUUCAGAUUCUUGAAUAUUAUUCUUUUUAUAAUAAUACUCAUUCAAAAUUAAAUAAUAAAUCUAGGAUCGAUUCUAGUAUUAUUGAUUCUGAAAUUAUUAAUUUCGACCAAGCCACAUUAAUUGGUAACUUAAUUAAAAUGGCGAAAAAAGAUAAAUAUGAUGCUUCUUAUGAUUUGACAUUGCUUGAUUUGCAUAUCUAA